AUGACACCAGUGGUCAUUGAAGACUCGGACGGAGACGAGUCAGACGUAACAUCUUCCCCUAGGCGCGUCACACAAGCCGUCCCUCUGCAAGCUUCAUCACCCACGGCGGCGACGCACCCAUCUGGUUCUACAGACUCGACCUUCUUCAAGAGUAUUUACAACGAGCACCGGGACGCGGCAAAUGAGCAUGUAACGAAUCAAAUCGAAGAAAUUACUGAAGUCAUGGACGCCUCAUCAUUCGACAAUGGCUUCCAGGAGACGAGAGGCACCGGCAUACUUGACAAGAGCCUGUGGGACGUCCCCAGCAGCCCAGAGUUUGCACAGCCCAAGCCAUCCAAGACACAGGAAGGCUCGUUGAGCACCAGGACUAAAAUCACGAGGGGUUUGCGACGACGGCUAGAUGAUAUAGGAUAUGUUAGCCAGGAGGACGAGCUCCCCGAGAUGACUGCACAAAGCAGGAAGAAGAGACGGGUGGAACGGGACACAGGCUCAGAUGACUUGGUUUCGACGGUGCUUGUUGAGAGCGAUCCGUCCUGGGUAUCGACACGUCAAAAGCAGCGGCUUGUGUCUGUUCACGACGGCACGCUGGGCUCCGCCACAAAACCUCUGGAGCAGCGUCGUGUCAACGUCGUGUCUAGUGGGACGGCCACUAAUAUCAAUACGCAGAGAUCAAAUGAUGCGGUGUUAUCUGAGUCUACUCCCCAGAGGAGGGGCUCAGAGACUGCUCGGGUGGGUGUAGCGCGGGGUUCCUCACCUGCUUCUCCCGCCGUGCCCAUGCCGGUGUUAGAAACGAAACGGGGUACGGCAAAGUUACAGGAUAGGAAAAAGUCCAAGAGGGUGGUUAUAGAUUCAGACGACGAAAGUGACGGGGGAGAUUAUUCGCCUCGCGAGGCUAAGCAUGACGGCCCGACUUUCGAAGAGAAAGAGUUGCCGAAGCCAGUAGCGGGGAAGAAACAAAGAGGUCGCCCCAGGAAAACAGAUACGGCUGCACCAAUGGAAAAGGAAAAGGAAACGGAUCCAGAAACAAAUGGUAAAAGGAAACGUGGAAGGCCGAAGAAAUCCGCGGCAGUGCUCAAGGUUGACAGCAACGAUGAGGUGCAAGAGAUUGCACCGGCUAUUCCUGAACAUACCCAUACUGAGCCGGGUAUAAAACCGCAACCGGAUGUAAAAGCGACACCCAUUGAGAAGUUGGGCCCAGAUGUUGCCGAGACGGAGAACCACGCAGCUGUCAAGCCGGUGACGAAAGAAACACCAGGCACUCCUAUAUCUGAUGCUAAAGUUGGCACCGGCAUUUCCGCAGUGCAGAAAGCAGCGGUGAAAACACCAUCCACGCCAACGGGAGGGUUAGGACGCUCGUUGUAUCGUGUCGGAUUGAGCAAGAAUACGAGAAUCGCGCCGCUUUUGAAAGUCAUCCGCAAAUGA